AUGCCCUUCUUCUUUCUUGUGUUUCAGGUUGUUUUCUCACUACCACAGAUGCUGAUGGUGGACUCCAGGUUCAACAAGGAAGGAAAUCUUCUUGUUGUUGCUACUGCUGACAAUGGGAUCAAGAUUCUUGCAAAUGCUUCUGGUUUGAGUGGAAUCAAGAGCUCCCAGUGUAGCUUCUUAGUGAGAAACAAGUUGAAAUUUCCUAGACAAAGAGUUCAAGCCUCUCAAAAACCUCGUAAAUCAGGGAAAAAUGAAGGAGCACUUGGUGCCACAUGUCGUGCUGAACAGAUCCUGAUAGCAAACAGAGGGGAAAUUGCAGUGAGAGUGAUCAGAACUGCUCAUGAGAUGGGGAUUCCCUGUGUUGCUGUCUACUCCACCAUUGAUAAGGAUGCACUUCAUGUGAAACUAGCGGAUGAGUCAGUUUGCAUAGGGGAUGCUCCCAGUAGUCAAUCGUACUUGUUGAUACCCAAUGUCCUUUCUGUUGCUAUCAGUCAUGGAUGUACAAUGUUACAUCCUGGUUAUAGUUUCUUUGCUGAGAAUGCUGUUUUUGUUGAGAUGUGGAGGACAUGGAAUCAACAUCAUUGA